AUGGAACAAACGCAAGCGCAGCCUUCGUCCUCCAACCUUAAAAGCUCCCCUGAGCAAAGCUCUCCACCUGGUCCAGCCGAAUGUCUCACGAACGCAGACGAGGCCCCAAAUCCUGCGGCCUCUCUGUCAGAGGAGGAGGACAAUGUUUCAGAAACGGAGCAUUCAGCAGUCCUCUCAAGGAAGGAAGAACACGCCCAUGGGGUCCAAGAAAUGGAACGUCUCGUCAACGCGGGUGGUCAGAGAUGGGUAAUUGACUUCCAAGAGAUUGGGGAACGUUUUGGAAGAUUUGCCAUGUGUGUUGUUGGAUGGAUGUGUAAUUGGGUGAUUGCGGAUGAAGACUGGACAGUUCUCCAAGGGUUGCUACCACCUCGUCGAAGUCUUGCCGACCACUUCGCUGAGGCCCUGAUCCAUAAGGCGAUCAUGGAAAAUGUUUUCUCAAACUCGUUUCAGUAUCUUGAUGGGAAAACAAGUUCUAAGGAUCAAGCCGAAGACAAACGCUUUGCCUCGAAGCUUCAGUACCUCUACAAACGGUUCUUCGAUACCAACCCAAACCUCGCAACGCUAUGGAAAGAGCAAACCCAUCGACUGGCCAACUCAACAGACUCUGUCAAAGCACCAGGCGACCUGAGCUUUGGGCGGGACAAUGCCAAGCGUCUUCUAGCCUGCGCGCCAUGCCUGGCUGAUGAGAUGCUGGCCAGUGAGCCAAUCGGUCUACUCCUGAAAAAGCGCCUGGGCCGGAAUCAGGUGGCUAAGCGGAGAAAAGAGCUUAUUGAGAUCUUUGAAGCUUCCCUAGGUCUCAUGAAGGAUUGUGAAACGCGGGUGGGGGGUCACUUCAAGAUAAAGCGAUUGUCGGAGCUAGGACCGUUGUACCAAUGCGGUAGCUCCUACAUGAUCUUUCACCUCUCCAAUGGUGAUAUUGUAGAUGAGAUGGACUUUGAGGGUCGUAAAAUACUGCUGGUCGCACGGCCAACUAUCAUGUACACUGAUAGUGCACCCAGCGGGCCAGAUCCCUCCUGCAAGUCCGUGACCGCUAUUAUUUCUAAGGCUAGUGUUGUGCUGGAUAAAGGGGAUGAGGCCAAGAAAAGUACCACAGCCAAAAGAAGGAUCAUCAUGCGAGCUACAUGUUUUGAGGAGGGGGACGUCUAUGUGAACACGUCGGAGAUGUUCUGA